UUGUGAUUGUGAAGUGUAUAAAGCCAGUCAUCAAAUGUUGGGGGUGGCAGCGAAUGAGCAAGACCAUUUGGGAUGGAAAGAACCAGGUGGAGCUCCAACGUUGAGGUAGCACCCAGUUGUCCAAGAUGUGCCUCCUCAAACACCAAGUUCUGUUACUACAAUAACUAUAGCUUGUCCCAGCCAAGGUACUUCUGUAAAGGCUGCAGGAGGUACUGGACUAAAGGUGGCUCCCUGAGGAAUGUCCCCAUCGGCGGAACCUGCGGGAAACGCCGGCGGCCAAAGCCGGCGAAAAACCAACAGGUCUCCACUGUUAGAUCUGACCCAUCUCCAGGGGUGCCACCAAGUAGUCCUGCUAGGACACAGAUUGAUCUAGCUGAGGUUUUUGCCAAGUUCUUGAAUCAGAAUCCCAGUAUUUCGAAUUCCGAAUCGGAGUCAGAAACACUCUUGGACUUUCCAGGUUAUACAAACAAGAAUACCCAGAUGGAAAAACCCUACCAUCAUAACUCAUUUGAAGGGAUUCUACCUCAGAUUCAACAAGAAGAGCAAACUCUGGAGUUUCUGGGCCAUGAUGAUCCUUAUUCUCUUGGACUACAAGCCAUGCUUCCAAAAGAGUUGGCUCAGGAAAUUGAAUGGUCUGGUGCUGCAACUUUGCAAAAAUUUCCAUGGCAACCUGCAAUGCAGUUGCAAGAGUUUGGAUCAGCUUAUGAUGAUGACUCCAAGAUUUCGGCAGCAGACGUAGUUGGUGAUAACUGGAGCUCCUUUGAUCUAUCGGCCUAUGAAAUCUUUCCAACACCCUGAAACCUGGAGCCUGUGCCAGUGUUCCCCUUCCAUUCUUUUAGGUCGUCUUCUUAGGAGUCAGCACUGUUAUAUUUCGAUGAGAGAGAACUACAGCAUAUAUGAAACAGAAUAUACUUCAAAUCAAUUUAUAAUAAAACUGCUAUUAUAAUGAUACCAACUUCCACUUUAUGAUACCCUCCUCCUUCCUCUUCUUCUUCUUCCCCUUCCAUGUAUGAUUAUUGAAUGCAACAGUUCAGUUGUCAUUCAGUUCACCAGGAAUUUGACUCUAUUAUAAUGUUCUUUGUUUUUCCUCGUUCCUCUACCCUAUUUUAUGACAAUUGAUCCAAAAAAUGCACAACGGAUUCCAAUUCUCUCUGUAAAACUGAUUAUUGUAACU